AGGUGUAUCUGUCUGAUUGUCGAUCUUAGUGGACGCCAACACAAACUAACAAUUCAAUCUUACGUGAAUGUGUGUAUGUGCGUGCGUGUGUAGGCGUGUGUGGAUACAUCCGUGAUUAUUGCUCAUGCUCAUUCUAUCCCACUAAAGAAUAUCCAUUACGCUCAAAUUAUAUUAUCGAAUAGCCAAACAACACAGUGUGUGAGAAGCUAGUUUGAUUAUUCAUUCUAAAUUAUACAGCAAAAUAUUUAUUAUAUCAGUUAAAAGUGAAAUAAAAUAAUGCAACAAUAAGCUCUGUGGAUUUUUUUCUAAAAAUAUUCCCUAAGAAAUUCUAAUUUUUUAAAGGAAUUAAAAUAACAAGAUUCACGUAAAUGCCAACAAAAUUCAGAAGAGUAAAAGAGAAAAUAAAAAGUGAAGUUGAAUACAUGUUUCACAUAAAUUGAUCCAUUUGAGCAGUUGGUUAUCUACCGAAUGGAUGACAGAUGACAUCGGUAACAUAAUGCAACAUGAAUUUUUAUGCUGAAUGUUUAACACUCACUCACUCUGAAACACAUACAUGCAAACAACAGAAUUAUGGAUACAAAAUCAAGACUGACGAAACUCAUGAUUACAACUUUGUCAAGAAAUUUAAAAUAUUCAUUAUUUAUUCCGUUAUUAUUAUCACUAUUAUUGUCACACAGUGUACAAAUUAGUUUUUGUGAUUAAUAAAAAGAUAACCAAAAAAAAAUGGCUAUUGAGCAUAAGGCUCAUGAUAUUCACGCUCAAAGUAUAACCAAUGCGAAUCCGACAGUGACAACAGUAACAUCGACAUUUAACAGUGGAGCACUGACAACAACACAUACUCACAGUAUAGGCAACACUAAUCUAACAGCGCAUGAUGAUAAUGAUAACUCUGAAGGAGAUGAAGAAGAGGAAGAGGAUGAAGAAGAGGAAGGCGGUGGCGGCGAAGAUGAAGAUGAUUCUGAAAAGACACAACCCACAGAAAUAUGCAGAGAUAUGAUUCGAAACUCUCGUGAAACUAAAAAGGUGUUCAUUAGUGAGAAGUUCAACUCUACACUACAGAUAAUGGGGGAAUCAAAUGUCCAACAUAUGAUGAACAAGAUAUUAAAAGUGGAAUUGACUAUGAAAAAUUGGAUUCAGUGAUGAAAAAAUCCAAAACUUUAACAACUAACAAUCCUACAAAUUCUACAAACAAACAAUCAGCAACUGUGUUGUAUAAGGCAGAGAAUGACAGCAGUCUGGAAAGUGCUAAAGAUGCAUCUAUGCGUAAUUUAGCCAAACGGACAUUGACUAUCGGAAUACCAGGAUUACGUAGUUCAAGUCAUAAAACGUUAUUCAUAUUUUCUGAAGAAAAUGCUAUCAGGAAAUAUUCAAAAAUUAUUAUUGAGUGGGGGCCGUUCGAGUAUAUGGUUCUUUCAACUAUUUUAGCCAAUUGUAUAGUUCUAGCUAUGGAAAUGCAUUUACCGUCGAAUGAUAAAACAGCCUUAUCGGAGAAAUUAGAACAAACGGAAACAUACUUCUUAAUUAUUUUUUGUGUGGAAGCAUUACUGAAAAUUGUUGCACUUGGUUUCUUGUUUCAUCGGAAAGCAUAUCUUAGAAAUAUAUGGAACAUUAUGGAUUUUAUUGUUGUAGUUACAGGUCUUUUAGCCUACAUUCUCCCAAAUCUUAAUCAACCUGCUGUUCGUGCUUUACGUGUGCUACGGCCACUUAAAUUAGUAACAGGAUUUGAAAGUUUACAGAUUGUGCUCAAAUCUAUUAUUAGAGCUAUGGCUCCAUUAUUACAGAUCAGCUUAUUAGUUCUAUUCGCUAUAAUCAUAUUUGCAAUUAUUGGCCUGGAAUUCUAUUCAGGUGGAUUUCAUAUGACAUGCUUUGAUUUGUAUAACCCAGACUAUUUACCACUUUCUCUACCGAAUAGACCAACAUUAGCACCAUGUAGUCUUUCAAAUGGUUCAGCAACUAGUACAGGAGCUGUUCCACAAGGGGCAUUUUUAUGCCCACCAAAUUAUAUAUGUAAAGGUUACUGGGAAGGACCAAAUUACGGGAUUACAAGUUUCGAUAAUAUUGGUUAUGCAAUGCUUACUGUAUUUCAGUGUAUCACAAUGGAAGGUUGGACGGAGAUAAUGUAUUCUACAAAUGAUGCAUUCGGAGAUCGUUUCAACUACUUAUACUUUGUACCACUAAUAAUACUCGGCUCCUUCUUUAUGUUGAAUUUGGUACUCGGUGUUUUGAGUGGUGAGUUCGCAAAAGAAAGAGAACGUGUAGAAAAACGUCGUGCAUUUUUGAAACUACGUCGACAACAACAAACUGAAAAAGAAUUCAACGGUUACAUGGACUGGAUACAAAAAGCCGAGGAAGUCAUCUUGGCUGAGGACACAACAACAGCAGAGGAACGAAUGCGUAUCAUAACAGCCCGCCGAAGAGCUGCUAAACAACGACUUAAACAAGCAGGCAAAGAUGCAUCAUUUAAUGAAUCAAAUUUUGAAGAUUCUGAAUUAUUUGCUGAAUCAAAAACCCAUUCAUCUUACGGUGAUUUAUUGAGACGUCGAAAAGAACGUUGUCAAGGAUGUUGGAGGAGAGAAAAGAGAAUUCGAUAUGCAAUAAGAAGAAUGGUUAAAAGUCAACCGUUUUAUUGGGCUGUAAUUAUACUUGUAUUUUUAAAUACUGUUUGUGGAGCUAUUGAACAUCAUGGUCAACCUGCAUGGCUUUCUACAUUUUUAUAUUAUGCUGAAUUUGUAUUCCUUGGCUUAUUUAUUGUCGAGAUGUUACUGAAAGUAUAUGGAUUGAAUGUACGAAUCUACUUUGAAUCGUCUUUCAAUAUCUUCGACUGUGUGGUUAUUAUAGGAAGUUUAUUUGAAAUCAUCUGGGGAUUUUUUCAUCCAGAUGCAUCUUUUGGAAUUAGCGUUUUACGUGCUCUGCGAUUGCUAAGGAUUUUUAAAGUUACAAGGUACUGGGCUUCAUUACGGAAUUUGGUGCUUUCCUUACUAAACUCUAUGCGAAGCAUUAUUUCAUUAUUAUUCCUACUCUUCCUUUUCAUCCUGAUAUUCGCCCUACUUGGCAUGCAAUUGUUCGGUGGAGACUUUAAUUUCGACGAAGGACGACCUACACAAAAUUUCGACACAUUUGUUAAAGCAUUGUUAACUGUAUUUCAAAUUUUAACAGGUGAAGACUGGAAUACAAUCAUGUAUAAUGGCAUAAGAGCACAAGGUGGAGUUACUGGAGGCGGUGCAAUUUACAGUGUCUACUUUGUAUUAGUUAUGCUUUUUGGAAACUAUACCUUGUUGAAUGUAUUUCUUGCCAUUGCUGUGGAUAAUUUGGCUAAUGCACAAGAAUUAACUGAAGCUGAAGAAGAACAGGCCAAAUUACAAGAAGAGAUACACUUAGCUGAGGAAGCAACAGAAAUGCGAUCGAAUGCUGAUGUGAACAAUAAUGGCAAUGUCAGGAAUAUGCAGACGACAGGAAACUUUGUGAAUAACUAUCAUAAUUCCAGUAAUCACGAUACAGAUCACACAUUAGAGACGAAGAAGGAUGAUAUGACUGAAAUAACCAGAAAUAGAACCGGUGCACAGAUGGAUAGUUUCAUGUUGAAUCAUGCCGGAAAUUUAAACUUUGCAUCACUUGAAAGUGAUGAUACAGCCAAGCUUCAAGGCUCUUCGCAAACUCAAGGAAAGCCUGUUUUACCCUACAGUUCAAUGUUUAUUUUUGCACCAACCAAUGCAAUAAGAAGAUUUUGUCAUUUUGUAGUGAAUUUACGCUACUUUGAUCUGUUCAUUAUGAUUGUGAUCUGUGCAAGUAGUAUUGCUCUAGCUGCUGAAGAUCCAAUAUCUGAACAGUCGAAAAGAAAUACAAUUCUUGAGCAUUUCGAUUAUGCAUUUACUGGUGUAUUUACCAUUGAAUUAAUUUUAAAAGUCAUUGAUUUAGGCGUUGUACUACACCCUGGUUCAUAUUUUCGUGAUACAUGGAAUAUACUUGAUGCAAUUGUUGUCUUCUUUGCCUUAGUAGCUUUUGUAGUUAGAUCGGCUACCUCAUUAGGACGAAUUGGAACCAGUACAUCUGCAAAGAAUUUAAACACUAUCAAAUCAUUACGUGUACUUCGUGUUCUUCGACCUUUAAAAACAAUCAAUCGUGUGCCAAAAUUAAAAGCUGUAUUUGAUUGCGUGAUCAGUUCAUUGAAAAAUGUUUUCAAUAUAUUAAUUGUAUAUUGGCUUUUUCAAUUCAUAUUUGCUGUAAUUGCUGUACAAUUAUUUCAGGGAAAAUUUUUUUAUUGUAAUGAUGUCUCUAAAGUGACAAGAGAAGAUUGCCAGGGACAGUUUAUUGAUUUUAAUGAUCGUGGUGUUCCAUAUGUUCAGAAUCGCACUUGGAGAACACGUGAUUUUAAUUAUGACAAUGUUAUUCACGCCAUACUUACACUGUUUACAGUGACAACUGGUGAAGGAUGGCCAGCGGUUCUGAGAAAUUCUAUAGAUUCUACAAUAGCCGAUCGUGGUCCAACUCCUGAUUUCCGUCAAGAAAUGGCUAUUUUCUAUGUGGUCUUCUUUAUUGUAUUUCCGUUCUUUUUUGUGAAUAUUUUCGUCGCUCUUAUUAUUAUCACAUUUCAAAAUCAAGGUGAAAAUGAAUUAAUUGAAUUGGAUUUGGAUAAAAAUCAGAAACGCUGUAUUGAUUUUGCUAUCAAUGCAAGACCAUUAUGUCGCUAUAUGCCCAAAGAUAAACGUUCAAUGAAGUAUCGUGUUUGGCGGCUUGUUGUUUCUACUCCAUUUGAAUAUUACAUAAUGGUUAUGAUUGCAAUUAAUACAUUAAUCUUAAUGAUGAAGUAUCAUCGGCAAGAACAGAAAUCAUAUUUUACAGCAUCUGUUGACACUGAACAACAAGCCUAUCACAAUUAUUGUAAUACACUGUUAUAUUUCAAUUCAGCUUUCACUGUUAUGUUCUCAAUUGAAUGUAUGCUAAAGAUAAUGGCAUUUGGACCAAAGAACUAUUUUCGUGAUCGUUGGAACAUUUUCGACUUUAUCACAGUCAUAGGAAGUAUAACUGAUGUAUUAGUUUCUGAGCUCCAGGAGUCAGCAUUUUUAAGUUUAGGAUUUCUACGACUUUUUCGUGCAGCACGUUUAAUCAAAUUACUACGUCAAGGUUAUAGUAUACGUAUUAUCCUAUGGACAUUUAUUCAGUCAAUCAAAGCAUUACCAUAUGUCUGUCUACUGAUUACAAUGCUAUUCUUCAUUUAUUGUAUUAUUGGAAUGCAGGUUUUUGGAAACAUCAAAACUGAUCCACAUUCUCAGCUAAAUAAUCAUAAUAAUUUCCAAACUUUUGGAGAUGGUAUACUGUUGUUAUUCAGAUGUGCAACUGGUGAAAACUGGCAAGAAAUUAUGCUUGACUGUGCAGCUGGUAAAGAAUGUGAAGGAUCUGGGGAAUCAUGUGGAAGUUCCUAUACAUACUUAUACUUUGCAACAUUCAACUUUUUAUGCUCAUUUAUUAUGUUGAAUUUAUUCGUAGCCGUUAUUAUGGAUAAUUUUGAUUAUUUAACCAGAGAUUCUUCUAUACUUGGUCCACAUCAUCUUGAUGAAUUUGUACGUGUUUGGGCUGAAUAUGAUCCUGGAGCAAAGGGUCUUAUUCAUCAUCGUGAUGUAUAUGAAAUGCUGAGGAAUAUGGAACCACCAGUAGGAUUUGGCAAGAAUUGUCCUUAUCGUCUGGCCUAUCGUAAAUUGAUUCGAAUGAAUAUGCCAGUCGAUGAGAAUGGAUGUGUUCAUUUUACAACCACACUAUUGGCUUUAAUACGUGAAUCACUGGGUAUUAAAACUGGACCAACUGAAAUAAUGGAUCAGCGAGAUAUGGAAUUAAGAGAGACUAUUUGUAAAUUAUGGCCAGUUCAUGGAAAGAAAAUGCUUCAUCUCCUUGUACCGCCAGAUUCAGAGUUACUUUACCACAAAAUGACAGUCGGAAAAAUUUAUGCAAGUUAUCUUAUCAUUGAAAAUUGGAGAGCUACACGUGCAUUUCAAGGAAAAGGAGGGACUUCGAAAUCAGCGAGUAUAUUGGCAAGAUUUUUUGGCGCAGUUAAACAAAAUGCUCACCAUCCAAAUGUUGGUUCUGAAACAGAAGAAGAAAGAGGAAGUCCUGACAUAAAUGAAUCCUCAGAAAAAACUGAAUCUAGUGGUCAACAUGUGAAAAAAAAUAAAAUUUUGUCUUUAGGUCGAAGUAUUCACAAUCAUCACCAUCAUACACCAAGAGGUUCACAAUCCACCGACCAAUUUGUACAUUCACCCAUUGUUAAAUCACUCAAAAAAUCUGGUGUUCUAGGUGAUAGGGAGAAAUCACCUCCUGAUGAGUUAUAUGGUACAAAAUACACUGAUAAGUCUGUAAAACAUUCAACUCACUUUAUUCAGAAUGAACAGAAUCCAGCUUACGAAGGGAUUGCUGCAAGAUGGUUUGACAGUCAACCAAAACGUCCUAAAGGGGAUUUCUCAGACAGGAGAGCUGCAAAUUUUGAAGAAACUGACAGAAGUUUUGGUAGCAGUGAAGAAUAUUCAGAGACAGCUUAUUGUCAACAUCUACCGUUGACGGAUUCACCAGGUGAAUAUUUUGAAGAUCGGCACAAUCUGGAUUUAGACCAGUCAAGACGUCGAAGACUACCGUACACAAAUACUAGUAGACGUAAUGUUGGCGACGAGGAGAAAUAUAUCCCCUAUAAAGCUAUACAGGAUCAUGAAUAUCUUCAAAGAUCUUUAAUUCCAGUGGAAGAAAGUGAUAUUCAUGGUCAUUUUCUGAGUGAGGAAAAUCUCCCAAAGUAUGAUGUAGAAUUCACAGAGGAUGAAAGAGAAAUACCAUACUAUGAACUGUGGGAUGGUAAUCGAAGCAACAAUUUAAAUUCUCCUCAAAAUUGCAUCCACAGGGCGGGAAAUAAGCGUCCUCUACCAUCACAGCACGAAAAUUCAAUACCUCUUUUUACAAGACAAAGAAAUGUUAUGGGAGAACCACUUUGGGGACUCAGAAAUAUACCUCAUCUAGCGCGUAUUCCUAGUGUUGAGUAUACCACUAUACAUCCAUCACAUCAACAACCGCUAAUGCAUGAAUCACAUGAGUAUGAUCUUCUUUCGUUGAAUAAAGACAAAUUAAACUUUUCUGCUGGUCCUUCUAGUUCAAUAUUUUAUCCCAUACCCCCACCCUCAGGACCAGAUACAAGUAGUCAUGCUAGACACCAGAUUUUUGAUAAAAAUAAACACAUAGAAAUGACACCUAGAGGAAUUCCAGCAAAUAUGCACUUUCAACCGAUACCACCACCAACGUAUUAUGAUUGGGAACCAUCUUAUAUAGGUCAGUCGUACAGUACUCCCAUUCGUGGUUCGUACAUUGAAACAGACAAAAUAAACUCAAAGUUGGUUAACUUGCAACCUCAGUCAGAUGAUUUUAGACCAAGGCCAUCACCUUUACACUUUUUCACUCCACAAUUUAAAAGACACCGUAUACCUCAUAAUAUUACAACACAAAUAACGGGACCAAAAAAACAAAUUCACAGAACUGCAACAGACAGUGGUAGUAAUACUAUUAAUACUGCUAACAAUCCUAUAACUUUCCGUGUUUGACUACUUCACCCACUACCACUGCUGUAACUGCUAGUUAUUAUUCAUCGUCUAAGGAUAAAAAUGUUAUCGUUAAACUAGGCGUUACACAUCCAUAUGAUGGAGCAUCAACCAGUCUAUCCCCACAAUCCACAGAUUCACAUCACUUCCAACAGAGAGUAGUAAAUCUUCCUCAUGCAUCAUAUUAUUGCGAAUAUAAACCGGAAACGUCGACAACUCAUCGACCAGAUAAUUCAUCAACAAGUUCAAGCGGUAAAGUCAACGAUGAUGAUGAUGAUGAUGGUGAGGAGGAGGAUGCAGACGGCGGUGUGAUAUAGUGGAAAUUAUAAAUACAAGGCACUUAAGUAAUUAGUUUCUUUUAUUUUCUAUUAAAUUAUACAAUUAUACCUUAUAUGUAUACUUUCUUACAAAUAAAAAACACUGUGAGUAAAUACAAUUUUUAUGUAUUAUAAUACGAUUUUUUAUUAACUGAAAUAUACUCCUCCUAUUUGUUCAAAGUAUACAAAGUAUGCGUGUAUACGCAAAGAAUCAAGAAACAUUAGUCAUUGGGAAAACGCAAGGACAAAUUGUGAUACACUCUAGUUACUUUUUUAUCAACUUACUGACUUCCCUUCUUAGCGUAUUCCACAUCACUAAUUCUUUGUUUCUUUCUUGCGUGUUUUACGUAUGAUGAGUACAUAAACAACUGAACCAUACACACAUUAUUAUGGAGUAUAUAUUUUUAUAUAUGUGAUGUAUAGAGCAAUUCUCAUUCCACUGUUUCGCUUUUUCCUUUCCCUCUGUUCCGUUGAAACUCCCUUCGCCCUUUCCCCUUGCUCACAUCCCUAUCCUUGUUUUCCUUCAGUUAAUUCCCUCUUUAACCUUUUCGUUUUCUAGAAUAGGACUGUAAACAUUUUUACUUCUCAUCUGGAUUUCUCUUUCUGUGUUUAUUUCUUAGUAUUAAAAAAUAUGACAUUUUGUGAAUACUAAUGUAUACAUGCAAAUAUGAUAUGACUAGUAUGGUGUGUAGUGGUCAAAAAAUAUAGACAUUUCAUUAUUAUUAUUAUGGUUACUUUGGGUUCCAAGUGGAACUCAAGAAUUCAGCAGCACAUCUCCACUUUGUCUUAAUCUCUGGGGUCCAAUUUAGAUUGUCCUAUGACAUUGGAGAAUAGGUAAUUGUUAAAAUGGCAUUAAAAUGCUUUUUUUCUGGUUUUGGUAUGUUCCUAGUCGAAUAUAAG